AUGGCCUACAAGGACAUCCAAAUCAGGUCGGUUGGCCCUGAACUGGCCAGGGUGCUUCCCAACGACGACAUUCCCUGGUAUCGAAAGCGACACCUUCUCCGUCUCAAUUUCGCCCUCCUGAGUCUCUUUCUCCUCUCCGCAUCCGAUGGCUACGACGGCACCCUGAUGAAUGGUCUGCAGGCUCUUCCUCGUUGGCAGGAGUUCAUGAACAAUCCAACCGGCGCAUGGUUGGGCUUUGUGAAUGCUGUACAGAAUCUUUCGUCCUUCGUCCUCUAUCCCAUUGUCGCUUGGUGCAGUGACCGGUUUGGAAGAAAGACGACUCUCGGGAUCAACUUUCUGUGGCUUGCUCUCGCCGUGGCCCUACAGACAGCGGCAAAAACUCCCACAAUGUUCGUUCUAGGCCGGUUGUUCAUCGGCGGCUCUGCUUCAUUUACUUCAGGUUCCGCUCCAAUACUCAUGGCAGAAGCUGCCUAUCCCACCCAUCGAGGUAUCAUCACGGCCAUGUUCAUGUGCGGCUGGUAUGUCGGCUCGUUCCUUGCUGCCUGGGUUACAUUUGGCGUCCGCAACACCCCCGGCAACUGGUCCUGGCGUAUCCCAUCUCUACUCCAAUGUGCCAUUCCCAUACUCGCCUUCCCAGGCUUCCUCAUGGCCCCCGAAAGCCCGCGAUGGCUCGCAUCAAAAGAACGUGUAGAAGAAGCCCGUGCAUUUCUCGUCAAGUACCAUGCUGGCGGCGAUGAAAACUCACCUCUCGCCAGCUUCGAACUCCAAGAAAUCAUGAACUCCCUAGCAGUUGAAGCACAAUACCGCAAGUCCUCCUCGUGGCUGGAUCUGCUCCGGGGCCGUGGAAACCUCCACCGCUCCUUCAUCUCAGUCACCCUCGGUAUCUUCUCCCAAUGGAACGGCGUCGGGAUUGUCUCAUACUACCUCGCCCCCGUCCUUAAAAGCGUUGGGGUCACGUCCGUAACAAACCAAACCAUGAUCUCUGGCUUCCUCCAACUCUGGAAUCUCAUCCUUUCCGUCAGUGCAGCCUUCAGUGUCGACCGCUUCGGCCGCCGUCCACUCUUUCUCGCUUCCAGCGUCGGCAUGCUAUGCUCAUACAUUAUUAUCUCAGCUCUCUCAGGGUCCUUCGCAGAAACAAAUAUUGCACCAACGGGCAUCGCCGUAAUCCCAUUCCUCUUCAUCUACUAUGGCUUCUAUGACAUCGCGUUCACGCCCCUCCUCGUAUCUUAUAUCUGCGAGAUCUGGCCGUUCGACCUCCGCGCGAAGGGUCUAGCGCUGGGAAUGAACAGUACCCGGGUGGCAUUAUUCUUCAACACAUUUGUCAACCCGAUUGUUCUUGAUGCAAUCGCGUGGAAAUAUUAUAUCGUCUACUGUGUUAUUUUGGUGAUUAUCACAGUCACUAUAUGGUUCUGGUAUCCGGAAACAAAGGGCCAUACACUGGAGGAGACGGCCGCUCUGUUUGAUGAGGAUAAGAGAGCAAAUAGGGAGAAGACUAUCGUGCCUUCCAUUGAGGAGAAGGGAACCGCUACUGAUAUUUCGCACAUCGAAAAGGCGUGA